AGUUAUUGGUAUAGGCUAUCAUACAACCAGUUGUCUGUAUAUAUAACUGAACCGUUUUGCAUUAGAAUACGUAAUCCAUUAGAAACAUUUUUCUGCGGCCUGCAAACUGGCAUUCGGUUUUGAUAUUUCAUUUUAAUUGCAAAAAAAAAAAAGAGUUUAGUUUAAAAAAUGGUUAAAACGAUUCCUUUAUUCUAUAUUCUCACUUUCGUUGUACUUCUAACGUAUGCUGAUGGAAAUGUUGCCUCUCUCCCGUGUGGAGGGAAGAUUUUUGUCGAAGAUUCGGUGGUCAUUGACAUCCCAUCUCUGCAUGGCGACGAAUGCGUAUGGGACAUCCAGACGCAAGGCGAUCGCAUAUUGGCCUUCACUUUGAUCAACGAACGUUUCGAAGAUGUUCAAGAUUACCUGACAGUACAUGACGGAGUUGGGAAGGACUCCCCUAUCCUUCAAAUAGAAAACCAAAUGAAGUACGAGGCAUCCAAUAAAGACUUGCCUCCUGCCAUGUAUACUACAUCUUCGGUGGCUACAUUACGUUCUCGGGGAACUAGAGCAUCGGUUUUGCAGCUAAAAAUUCAAAAGGCGGUUCUAUGUCCAUUGAAUUUGGGACCAACCUCCGUAUGUGGUCGAAUUGUAGACGAAAUUUCUUGCUACUGCUUUAAUACUGAACAGCUAUACUGGGAUGACCAAAUGAAUUUUUGCUACCAGAACGGCAUGAAACUUGUCUCUCUGGAGUCUUCCGAAGAAGAACGAAUAAUUACCUCUACUUGGUACUUUGAGCAGUGGUCGUCUCUUAGUGAUAGAAAUCUAGAGGGAAUCUUUGUCUGGGAAACUACUGGAGCACCCCUUUCAGGUUACACGAAUUGGGGGCCAAGAGAACCAAAUGCUGGAAAUUCUGAGGAAGACUGCAUGGUUUUCCUGUAUUCGGGAUCGAGUAACGGAUGGAAUGAUAAUCACUGCUACGUGAGAUAUCCUGGUACAUGUGAACUUCACCCCUAAAAUAAUUUAACAGCAAAAUUCAGAAGAUUGUAAAUUUUGGCAAGCUAUUUGUUUAAUAGCUCUAUCAAGAAAAACAAUUCCUUUUGUAGCCUGAACUUAGUUUUAUGUAGGGGGAUCGGGUGAGUCGGAUUGAUUAUUAUUUUUUCAUCACAGCUCUAUUUGCGUUAUUACAAAGAGACAAAAAUACAAUAUAGAUUUUGGUUGA